ACGUGAACGCAUUUAAAGUUUUAAACCAAGCUGCACUCUCACUUCCUACAUAUCCCGCGCCUUUCAAUCCAUAGUCCGCAGUCCCAACACGUACUAUCACUUCCUACUCACUUAGCUUUCAUAGACACCCCAAAUCAAGCCAUGGAGGGUGGCAGAUCUCCAUUAAAGCCAUGGAGGAAAGGUCCAACAAGAGGCAAAGGUGGCCCUCUGAAUGCCUCAUGCGAGUACCGGGGCGUUCGACAAAGAACAUGGGGAAAAUGGGUUGCUGAAAUAAGAGAGCCUAAGAAGAGAACUAGACUCUGGUUAGGCUCUUUUGCCACAGCCGAAGAGGCUGCCAUGGCUUAUGAUGAGGCUGCAAGAAGAUUGUAUGGACCAGAUGCUUAUCUCAAUCUUCCCCACCUUCAGCCAAACCCCAAUUCUAUGGUUAAUUCCCACAAGUUCAAAUGGUUUCCUCCCAAGAAUUUCAUUCCCACGUUUCCUUCUUGUGGAUUGCUCAAUAUAACUGCCCAGCCUAGUGUUCAUGUCAUUCAUCAGAGGCUCCAAGAACUUAAGCAAAAUGGGGUUCAAAGCCAAACCCCUUCUUGUAGUUCAUCCUCGUGCGAUUCAAAAGCUGAAUUCCAGACCAUGAGUGACAAAACCCAAGAAGAAAGUCCAGCAGUGAAGGAGAAAGAUGCUGAAAUUUCAUCCUGUGAGGAGAAACCACAGAUUGAUCUCCACGAGUUUCUUCAGCAGCUAGGCAUAUUGAAAGAAGAGAGACAGACGAAAUCAACUGAUACCACAGUAAACUUUGCGACGCCAGAAGCUCCUUUGACAGAAUGUGGUGACCAACUUGGAAACUUUGCUGACGAGAGUUUCAACUGGGAUACACUAACCGAGAUGCAUGGGAUUACAGAUCAAGGAGCGGAAGCCAGUUACCACCAGAGUUAUGACUUAAGUGAAGAGCUCAGUUUACCUACUUCCAUUUGGAAUUUCUGAGAAGAUCAACUGGUUUUGGAAGAAAUAGAGUUUAGCUUUAGUGGACUUGAAAAUUAGUUAAAUAAGGUAAACUAAAAAUCGCUUAAGCUAGGCCAUAGUCAGUUUGGCUUAAAACCUACUUUUCCAUGUCUUGGUAGAAAUCAGUUCACUUUGACCAUAUGUGCGUGUUUUUGAGAGAGAGAUAGAGACAGAAGACUAUUAUAGUAGUGAUUUUAGCAGAGGCUGCGAGAAAUUUGCUGUUCAACUUGUAGUGGCAUUGAAAACGAAAUUGAACUUGGUUUUAUGCUUAAUGGUUGAUGGGAACUGAUCGAGAUAGGGUCUUCUUUGCAA